AUAUAUAUAUAUUAUAUUUAAAGUUAAAUAUAUUUAAUAAAAAAUUAUAUUUUGAUAUAGUGAUAAUGAAUGUUCAAUGAAUACUCCUUUUGAAUUCAUGAAAAGAGGUUACAAAAUUUUGGAGAGAUAGGUGGAUUGAUCAAACUCCUUUAAAGAAGGCUUUCCCUGACGUAUUUCUUAUUUUUGUAAACCCUGAGGGGACAAUCCAGGAGUGUUGGUUCGUACAGGGCUGGGAUAUCUCUUCUAGGAAGUGUUUAAAUGAUUAGAAGAUAGAGAAAGUAGCCCUGAAAAUAAUGAGGAAAGUUUCUUUUAGCAGUAUGGAGAUUGAUAUACCUCUUUGGAAACACAAUGAUAAUGUGACAUUUUCUCUAAAGUGUGUCUACAGUAGGUGACUAAUACAAAUACUCAAUGCUAGUGGAGUUAUUUUUUGAAAAAACGCAUUCCUACCAAAGUUAAGUGCUUCACUUGAUUGACAAUCAAAAGGAUUUGCCUAACUCAAGAAGUGCUACAAUGGAAGAGAAGCAAUUGGUUUCUAGGUGUUUUCUGUUUAUGGUGACUAAAGAGACAAACAAGCACUUUUUUUUGCAUUGUAAAUACAUUGCUCAGUUGUGAAAUUUGUUUCUCAACAUUACUGUCUAUAGUUGGCAACAAACCUUCUUAGCUAUUGUAUUAGAUGGAGGAGAAGUAAUAGACAAAAGAGAUUGGUUUCCUCAUGUAUAUGGUGCUCAAUUUGAACGGAGAGAAAUGUCAGAUAUUUCGAAGAUAGGUCCAAUUUCAUUCAUAAAGUCAAAUGAAAUUGUAUUGUAUCUUUAUUUUUUUGGUGUAAGAGCUAUGUAUAGAAGAUACUCAACAGAAUAUAGAUUUGAUAUGGAGUUUGUAGUUUAACUUUUUGGUGGUGACGGUAGGGGUGUCAAAAAUGAAACCAAACAUAGGUAACCCGUCCAAAAUUAUAAGGGUUGGGCUCAAGAUAAUUUGAAUUGGGUCCAUUGAGCCCAAUUUAAUAUAUUGAUAAAAAUAUAUUGAUUCUGUCCUCACCAUUUUAUCUUCACCAUAUCACCGUUGCCCACCCCCUACAUCUUGUCUGAAUUAUAUACAAAUAUAUAAGGAUACUAUUUUUUAUUUAUAUAUCAAACACAAAAAGAAAAUAUAUUUCAAUCUUUAUGUGAUUCAUUUUUCUAUUUUCCAUAAGACGUAAAAUACUAUUAGGGAAAUGAACAUUACAGCAAUCUUCAAUUAUACCUUAUAGGUGUAAGUAAGUUUGAAUAAUGUAUCUAUCAUCAAUCAUGCAUGCAUCCUAUCAUAGAAGAAAAGAGUUGUAAACCUUUGCGCAUGUGAAUUAUAAUCCCUUUAUUCACAAGAUAAUUUAAUAGGGUUUCUUUGAGUGAAAAUGUAUCCAAGCUAACCCACAUUACCAAUUCCUUUCCUCACAAGAUUUGUAGACAUUUUUUUAUCAAAUGAUUUCUCCUGACAUGCAGAGACCUUUAUUUCUUCAUUUUGAGUUUUCCUUUUAAUUAAUUAGUUUGAAGAAGCUACUCCAAUGUUCAAGGAAAGGUACACAUACAGAUAGUUACUAGUAUAAUUUUGUAAGUACUAGCUUUAUGGCCAAGUGAUACCAUAUAUUUGAUGAAGUAGCAGCAUAACACAGACAAUAAUAGUCCACUCUAGCUACUAACUUGUAUUUGGGAAAAGAAAGGCCACUUUCAAAGGAAGCUAGUAAUAAAAUAAUGCAAUUAUGAAUGAGAGUUGGCUAGUAUAAAAUGGGGGAUGUAGUAAUGGAAAUUUCAUCACUCAUUGUAACACAAUUAGAGAAGAGCAAUGGGAAGCGGCCACAUUAUUGUUGUGGGUUUGGGGAUUGUGAUGGUAAUGUUUAUAGCAUUAGCAGAGGCGACUCCCCCGGGAAUAGCUGAUCAUCCAAGCCAUUCUCAUUGCUCAGAUGAUGAGAUUAAGCAAUGUAAAAAUCUUCCUCAUGUCUGUCCCAAAUUCUGUCCAAAUGGAUGCAUAACCGAGUGUCGUUCUUGCAAGCCUAUUUGUGUUGAUGGCUCAGUCCCACCAUCUCCUCCCGAGGAAGAAACUCCAGCAGUACCAUCUCCUCCACCUAAGAAAGACACUCCACGACCAUCUCCUCCUAAGAAAGAAACUCCACCUAAGAAAGACACUCCACGACCAUCUCCUCCCGAGGAAGAUACUCCACCAUCACCAUCUCCUCCUAAGGGAUCAACUCCACCACCAUAUCCUCCUAAGGAAGAUACUCCACCAUCAUCUCCUCCUAAGGGAUCAACUCCACCACCAUCUCCUCCUAAGGAAGAUACUCCACCACCGUCUCCUCCAAAGGAAGACAUGCCAUCUCCUCCUAAGGAAGAUACUCCAGCGCCAUCUCCUCCUAAGGAAGAUACUCCACCACCAUCUCCUCCAAAGGAAGAUACUCCACCGUCAUCUCCUCCUAAGGAAGAUACUCCACCACCAUCUCCUCCUAAGGAAGAUACUCCACCACCAUCUCCUCCUAAAGAAGAUACUCCACCGCCAUCUCCUCCUAAGGAAGAUACUCCACCGCCAUCUCCUCCUAAGGAAGAUACUCCACCGUCAUCUCCUCCUAAGGAAGAUACGCCACCGCCAUAUCCUCCCAAGGAAGAUACGCCACCGCCAUAUCCUCCCAAGGAAGAUACUCCACCGUCAUCUCCUCCUAAGGAAGAGCCCAAUUUAAACCAAAUUUGUUGCUUGAGAUAUUAUUAAAAAUAAUUAGUAAUAAUUUGAAACAGUGGAAAGCACAAUUUUUCACAUGAAAGUUAAAAUAAUAUAAAGUCUUACUUGAAAUUUGAUUUGGCUGCUGGUCAAAUGAAAUGGUUGUGGAUAAAUAAUAAUGUAAAACAUAACUUAAAGUAACCUGUGAAAUAUUGAUUAUUGGAACAUAUAAAUAUUCCUCAUCUUUAAAAACCAUAAACCACAAGUUAUUGAGACUCUUCUUUUUAUAAAAUUAGAUAUUGGUUGGCAAAUAGAAAAUUCAAUUUUUUAUGCAACUGGUGAGUUUCAAGGAUUCAAUAAUACUUUGUUUUUGUUGUGUUAUUACUUUUUGAAAACGUGUUUAUACUAUUGACAAAUGUAAAUUGUAAUGAAUUUACUGUACCAAAAAUUUGUUAGACAAUACAUAUUUAGACCACAAUUUUGUGCUUCCCGCAUUUAACACAAUUUCAGCAAUAGUUAAUGGUCUACUUCUCAAAUUAACUUGGAAAGUACUGUCCUAAUUCAGAAUAUUUUGUUCCACUAUAACAAACAUUAUGUAUAUUUUGAACCAAACUUGAAAUGAAGAUUUACCAUAUAAGCUAGUUCCUUUUCCUGAUAUUUUUAAUAAUAGGGACAUUGAUUAUUUUCCUAUCAAGCAGACUAGUAUAAGAGACUGUGAUUACUGAUUCUCAUAUAGACCAUAUGCCAAUUGCCAUUGAUAUUGUAGAAAUUAUAUUUUGAUGGUUGUAUGAGAUGUAUAUAAACAAUUAAGCGAGAUAUAGAGGGUGAUACAGUAUUUCAAUG